AAAUUAACUAUAUUGCAAUUUUUUUUUUUUUUUUUGUUUUUCCUAGAGCAAUAUGUAUUUGGAGAAGAGAUGCAGGAACAUAGCGAAUAUGAGGAAACCUCCUUCACUGGUAGACCUUUGUGUUAGGACGGCGAUAGAUAACGUAAGAUACCUUGGGGAUGUCGGUGAGACAGAUUCACAUCUUCUUGAGCGUAUUCUACCCCAUUGUACAGUGGAUCAAUUAUUGCACGUGGAGAAGAGUACACAAGGAAGGGAUCUUACUCCAGUAACUGAUAAACUUUGGAAGAAUUUCUAUGAGCUGCAGUUUGGUCAUCAGAAUAUGACUCUUGUAAUUGAGAGGAUGAAGCUCAAGAAAGUUUCAUUUAGAUGGAGACAGUUGUAUGAGGCAAAAUUGAAGGAUUUUCAGGAGGCUGAGAACAAAGCAAGUGAUCGGCUUAAGCAGCUAUACAAGAAAGAAGAUGCUCGAAAACAAAGUCGGCAGGUUCAGCUUUGCACUAAGGUUCCACCUUCAACCAAAAGAAGCUUUUAUGCUGGAAGUGGACCUGGCUACAAUCUCUCCGAUGUCAAGAGCAACAUAAUGAAGAAGGCGAAGAUAGAUUUUAUGAAGAGUGCCAUUUUUGUACUUUUUUGCCUCCUCCAAUCGUUCCCUUUUAUAGUUUAUGGUCAAGAAGUGAAAAAUCUUGCAGCCUUGAAGAAAAAAGCAGUGCAGAGUCAUCCAAGUGGUAAGGCCAUAACAAAGUCCGGUGCAUUAUUUGGAAAGAAUUCUGCUUCAACUUCGAAGUAUACCAAACCUUUAAAGAGGAGAUUUUAGAAACAUGUUUCGAAACAUUUAAGAUAGACAGUCAUAAAGGUUCUAAUAUUUCCUUCUUUUUUUUUUUUUUUCUAUUUUCCCUUAUAUUGGAAUUUAAUAAUAGAAUCAUGUGUAAUUUGAUGAAGUGUAUUUUUAAAAACAACGUAAUUAUUUCCAAGGUUUGCAAUUUCCUUAGCUUGUCAUGGAAUCAUAUUCCAAAGAAAGACUCGUUGGCUUUACACUAAGGUUAUUCACAAAGUCUGAUUAGAAUUUGCAAGAAUCUCAUUGUCUCAGUCUCAGGUCUAACAGAAAGAAAAGAGGUUGAAAUCAAUGUUGAGAGCUUUCUAAUGAUGAACUUUUAGUAAAGCUGUCACCUACAGCAGGGCAAAAACACGAAAGUUUAUUUGAGUAGCUAGCUCAACAUCAAGUUUGAACUCAGAAUGAUGGUUUAUUUUUAAGUAGCUUGGGAAUUAACCACUCUAAAAUGACAUAUAUAGGAUUUUCAUUCUUCUCAUAUCUGUAUUUGACAGGUUUUGCUACUCAAAAAUAUAUGAGCCUUAGCUAUUAAAACAUUAGUAUUGUUAAAGUCAAAAAUAUUGUUUUAUGGUGGGAUAAUUGAAACUUGAUAUUACCUACAUUGAUUUCUAAAUGAUACAAAGCAGGGCAUAUGAAGAAAAAAUUUUGAUUAG